CCCCUGUCACCCUCCUGAGCACCUCUCUGCCUGCCGAAUUACUGAGGCCAUUACAGUUGGAUUCCAUUUCUCCACUUCAGGCACGGAAUAAGCCCAGCAAGCUGGGGUGGCCUCAUUCCGGUGAUGGCUCUCCGUACCAGCUGCUUCCUGUUGGUGGUGAUGUUUUCUGCAAGUUGUAAAGCCAUCACCUCCUCGGAUGGGAUGUGCACUGAGAAAGAAGCCAACAACACAUAUAACUGUGAAAAUUUAGGUCUCACAGAAGUUCCCAAUACGUUACCAAAUACAACAGAAUUUUUGGAAUUCGGCUUUAAUUUCUUGCCUACACUUGAAAAUACAACUUUCAGCAGACUCGUAAGUCUUAUCUUCUUGGACUUAACCAGGUGCCAGAUCAACUGGGUACAUGAAGACACUUUUCAAAACCAUCAUCAGUUGAACACAAUUGUGUUGACUGGAAAUCCCCUGAUAUUCAUGGCAGAAACAUCUCUUAAUGGGCCCAAGUCGCUGAAGCAUCUUUUCUUAAUCCAAACAGGAAUAUCCAAUCUUGAGUUUAUCCCAAUGCACAAUCUGGAAAACUUGGAAAGCUUGCAUCUAGGAAGCAACCAUAUUUCCUCCAUUAAGUUCCCAGAAAACUUCCCAACCCGGAAUCUGAAAGUUCUGGAUUUUCAGAAUAAUGCUAUUCACUACCUCUCUAGUGAAGACAUGCAUGUUCUGGAACAGGCCACCAACCUAAGCCUUAAUUUCAAUGGCAAUGACAUUAAAGGCAUCGAGCCUGGAGCUUUCCAUUCAAACAUCUUCCAAAGUUUGAAAUUUGGAGGGACUCUUAACUUGUCUGUUGUAUUAAAAGGUCUACAGAACUCUACUACUCAGUCUCUCUGGCUGGGGUCAUAUGAAGACACUGAUGACCAAGACCUUACGUCAGCCAUGUUUGAUGGACUUUGUGACAUAUCUGUUGAAAGCAUCAAUCUACAGAAGCACUAUAUCUCUGAUAUCUCAUCUGCCACAUUUCGGUGCUUCACUCAACUCCAGGAAUUGGAUCUGACGGCAAAUCACUUAAAUGAGUUACCCUCUGGGAUUGAGGGGAUGAAGGCUCUCAAGAAAUUAGUUCUCAAUGUAAAUAGUUUUGACCAAUUGUGUCAAAUCAAUGCUGCCAGUUUUCCAUCCCUUACAGACCUCUCUGUCAAAGGCAACAUAAGGAAACUUGACCUCGGUGCUGGGUGUUUGGAAAAACUAGAAAAUCUUCAGAAACUUGAUUUAAGCCACAGUGAUAUAGAGGCUUCUGACUGCUGCAAUCUUCAGCUCAAAAACCUGGCCCUCUUACAGUACCUAAACCUGAGCUACAAUGAGCCUCUCGGUCUCCGGAGUCAGGCGUUCAAAGAAUGUCCUCGGCUAGAAGGUCUAGAUUUGGCAUUUACCCACUUGUACAUUAAGGGUCCACAAAGUCCUUUCCAAAACCUCCAUCUCCUACAGGUUCUGAAUCUUUCUCACUGUCUCCUGGAUACCAGCAAUCAGCACUUUCUAACAGGCCUGGUGGAUCUCCGCCAUCUAAAUUUACAGGGGAAUCACUUUCAGGAUAGGAGUAUCUCAAAGACCAACCUACUUCAGACCUUGAGCAGCUUGGAGAUUCUUAUUUUAUCCUCCUGUGACCUCCUCUUCAUAGACAAGCAAGCAUUCCAGAGCCUUAGGAAAUUGAGUCAUGUUGACUUAAGCUACAACAGCCUGACGGGCAAUAGCAUUGAUGCUCUUAGUCAUCUUCAGGGAAUCUACCUCAAUAUGGCCGCCAAUAACAUCCACAUCAUCCCAUCUCAUCUCCUCCCCACCUUGUCCCAGCAGAGCACCAUUAAUUUAAGUCACAAUCCCCUGGACUGCACUUGUUCAAAUAUUCAUUUUGUAACAUGGUACAAAGAAAACCUGCAGAAAUUUGAGGGCUCAGAGGACACCAAGUGUGCAAACCCCCCAUCUUUAAGAGGAGUUAAGCUGUCUGAUGUCAAACUGUCUUGUGGGAUUACGGCCACGGGCAUUUUCUUUCUUGUAGUAUUUUUAUUCUUGGUUGCCAUUCUGCUCAUUUUUUCAGUUAAAUUCCUUCUGAGAUGGAAAUACCAACACAUUUAAUGCUGAAGGUUUCUAGAGAUGGCAAGUCAAUGUGUUCAGUGAGAAUGCCCCAAGUAAACUGUUGUCUGUUCCUUUUCGGUCUGUCAGACUUUUCGGACUGGUUCCUGCAGCUGGGCAGGGAUUCGUUGUGCUUUUCUGAGUCCAAGAGCUAAUGAACCUUCCUGGAACUUAAACUGACUAGGGCUGGGGGCGCCCAACCACAGCUGUGAGAGACCCAGAGCCAUUCCUUCACAUGGAAGGUGGUUGGAGGACCCAUGGCAGGGAAAGGCCAGGAGAAGAAUGCACUAGGAGGCCAUCUCCCUUCCACUUGUGGGCACCCCUCGAAGCAGCUCCUACCCUGACCCUAAAAGAUGAUCAACUCUUCCCACUAAGCAGUGCUGACAGCCCCAGCCCAAACUCUGUCUCCCACAGCUUGGACAUCGUGCUUGGCUCUGAGUCCUCAGUAAGGCAGUCAUUUGAAAAACGUGUUGAGGAUAAAGUCUCAAAGCUUAUUUUAAAUGAAAAAGGGGAUACACGGUGAAUUUAAAAGAAGAGGCCGAGAAAUGAAUCUUGACAUCAAAUUGACUUCACUAAUCUCCUUAAUCCUUAGGUUCCUAAGGCCUCUACAAAGCCGCUAGGGCGCAAAUAGCUACCAAAAAAAAAAAAAAAAAAGGCACCCACCAGCCCCCAUCCCCCAAGGUCUAGGAGUUUAGCUACAUUGGCCCCCCUCUCUUCAGAAUCAUGGAAGCACCUUCUACCUAUCUGGGGUGUUUGCUCUUACAUUACAAAUCCUACCUUAUGCACGGGCCGUGGUCCAAAUGCUCUUCUCAUUUGGAUGCCUGGUCCUUAGAAGCUUCUCUCCCGCAGAAACUAUGAAAUAAAUGGUGGUUUGGUUCCCA